AACCCAAUACUCUUCUGAUUCGCACGCUCAGAGCUAAAUAUUUUCCAAACCCAAUACUCUUCUGAUUCGCACGCUCAGAGCUAAAUAUUUUCCUCAUGGCAGCUUUCUUUCUACUUCUUUACGAAGUAAUCUGAGUUUUACUUGGAAGAGUUUAUUAUUUUCUAGAGACAUGUUAAAACAAUGGAUUCAAUGGGGAGUUGGGAGUGGUGAGCACAUUUUGGCGAGGACCGAUCCUUGGUUACCUAAGAAUGAUUUCUUUUAUGUGGAGGAUGGUUUACAUUUUAUUGAACGUACCAUGCAGGUGAGAGAUUUGAUUAGAGGGGAUAGGAGGUGUUAGGACUUUUACGAAAUAGUAGAGCUUUUUAGUGCAUCAUUCUUAGUAUUCUUCUAGGUCUAGGGGAGUUGGAGGAUAAAUUGACGUGACAUUACGAUAAAAAGGGUGUGUAUAGUGUGCGGUCUGAUUACUAUCUAGCUCUUCAAUGGUCUGGAAGGUGGGAAAAGAUUACAUAGGGAUCACUAGAAGAAAAUCUGGGGCUUGAGUGUGCCGCCAAAAAUGAGAGAAUACAUGUGCAGAGUGUUUAGAGGGAUAUUGCCUACUAAGGAUAAACUCUAUACGAGAGGUAUGAGGGUGGAGCGGGAGUGUCGCUUUUGCAAUCAAAUCGAGAAUAUUGAUCAUGUUUUAAUGAAUUGUUGUAGGGCGAGGGAGGUUUGGAGGAGUUGUGGAGUUGGAAGAGCGCAAAAUGAUUUCUCUUUUACUAACAUUUUUUUGCAGGUUCUGGUGUCAAACGAUGCGGAUACUAUUCAAAAGUUGGUCUUUGUUGCUUGGGCUCUUUAGAGUGCGAGAACAAGUUUAUCCGACCUGCCCAGCUUACAACAACUAUUCACACCAUGCUUCAAGAGUGGCGAACAACAACUCCAUUGGUCGCGCCAGUAGUUCAUGGGCUUGCUAACGUCUCUGGGUCAUGUAGCGUUCCAGCAUGGGGUGUGAUGAGGGUCGAUGGAUGGCAGACCUUUAUUGAUGGAGCUAUUUUUCGAAAUUUGCAUUUGGUUGGUUUCAGUGCAGUCAUGGAGAGUGCAAAGGGUCUGUUUUUGCAGGGACUAUCGAGUUUGUUGGACAACUAUAACAAGCCCCUCUUGGUUGAAGUGCUUGCUUUGAGAGCUAGCCUUGCUUGGAUUAUUGAUUCUACCACUACAACUGGUUGCAUCUAUACAAAUUGUCAAGGCCUAAUAUUGCAAUUAGGUGGAUCAGGAGACAAGCGAACAUAGGCGCGCACACGUUGGUUAGAGCGUUUUUCAAUCAUGUUCGUCUCACAGUUUGGGAUUCUAUACCCCAUUAUUUGUUAUCUUUUUAUGACUGAUAUAAGCAGUUUCCGUGUUGAAUUCCAAAAAAAAAAAAAAUUUAACAUGGGUGAAAAAUUAUUUAUUUCUAUAUAAAAUUAACGGAGGAAGUAAAAAAAAAAAAAAACACUAUCUAGUUUUACUCGUUUAUUAAAAGGAUUUGUAAUUUCUUUUUUCUUCUACACUACCCUUAAUAAUUUGGGCCACAUUUGUAACAUGUUAAAUAUGUUUGUUAAGUGACAUUUCAUUCACAAAUAUGACCUGAUUCUGUUAAUAAUUAAUAAUUAUUACUCCGUCCCUUCUUAAA